AUGAAAAAUAACUUAGUGUUCAGCGGCCUUGCUGAAAACCCGAGCGAAAAUACAGAACUGUUACUCCGGGAGUUCAUCCAAAUAGAACUUGGCAUCGAUCACCAUAUCGAAUUUGGAAAUGUUCAUCGCUUCGGCAGAGUCGUUGAUGGGAAGAAAAGACCAGUAGUAGCCCGAUUUCUUUUCAAUAAAUACCGGGGAAAUGUGCUAGGGUGUGCGCGAAGGUUAAAGGAAACAGCAUUCUACAUCAACGAGCAAUUUCCGACGGAAAUACAUCAACGUCGGAGAGAACUCAGACCAACCAUCAAAGAGCUCCGCAGCAAAGGCAAAAAUGUGCGGUUCGAGAGAGAUAAACUUAUAGUUGAUGGUAGACUUUAUAAUGGACCUGUCAUCAUCCAGAACAAUGGUAGCAAGUCUCCAGUACCAACUAUGCCGCGAUCUACAAAUAGUCCCUCUUUCAGUGCAGUGACCCGCGAGAGAGUACCAACCGCAUUACCUCAUCGAACAUCAACUCGCGCAACGGUAAUCAUUCCCAAAGAGAAACCGGGAGGAAUUCUCAAGGACAACAUAUUCGCGACCAAUCGCGCAACGCCGCUCCAUCCGGUUACCGUUGCUAGGGACGCGCACCAAGAGGUCGCAAUAUAA